GAUCGGAUCAGGAUUCAAAAACCAUUUUUCUCCCUUUUUACCAAGCCUUGUUAUUCUGGAGAGUGCUUUCACUCUCGUCGCUGGUAUUGGGAAUCCUCUCUUCUGCGAGACUGCAUCCUUCUCCGCUAGUGCCGUCGUCGAAGCCAUCAUCGACCUUGAAUAAUGCCGAAGGUGAAGACAAACCGAGUUAAAUAUCCGGAGGGUUGGACACUAAUUGAGCCUACUCUCCAAGAACUACAGGCAAAGAUGAGAGAAGCUGAGAAUGAUCCGCAUGAUGGUAAAAGAAAAUGUGAGGCGUUGUGGCCUAUUUUCAAAAUAGCACAUCAGAAAAGUCGAUACAUUUUCGACCUUUACUACAAGAGGAAGGAAAUAUCCAAGGAAUUGUACGAGUUUUGCUUAGAGCAGGGCUAUGCUGACCGUAAUCUAAUUGCAAAGUGGAAGAAGCCUGGUUACGAACGUCUCUGCUGUUUAAAAUGCAUUCAACCGCGGGAUCACAACUUCCAGACCACAUGCGUGUGUCGAGUCCCCAAGCACCUGAGGGAGGAGAAGGUUAUAGAGUGUGUGCAUUGUGGUUGCAGGGGUUGCGCAAGUGGAGAUUGAUCAGUUGUCUUAUACCCGCCGGGGCUCAUGUAUUCUCAGACACCAUGUACUAUAUUUCUCUAAUGCUGUGUAAAACUAUAAUAGAGGUUCUAAUCCUCUUCCCCAGAGCUGGGAGUUUGUGACUGUUAUUGUGAUGUUUCUGUUCAUCUGGGAUAAUUGGUUAACAUUAUUAUUCACUGGAGAAACCCAUGUUUAACCUUCAUCAUAAUAUUGAAUUUGUAUUAUUUUUUUAAUUAAUAGUAUGAAAGAGAACCUUUUAUAUA